AUGGGACAUCCUACCAUUGCCAUACUCGAGGACGAGGACGCGGGUCUUCAUGGAAACCGUCGACCCGAGCUUAUAACUGCUGCAGAGAUGGAGCAUCUACGCCCAGAAGAGGAAGGGUCAGUCGACGGUUCGUUGUCGGAAGACUCUGAAGAGAGCGACGACGAGAUAGAUGAGAGUGUCAUGGAAGACAUGCGCAAAUUGGAGGAGAGCUUCAAGGGGAUUUCUCAGAAAUAUAGAUUGAUCAACCGCAUUGGUGAAGGCACAUUUUCCACCGUGUACAAAGCUGAACAACUCCCUGAGGACAACGAGCUGGGCCGGGCGAAAGACGAUUCUACGGAUGAAUCCAAUCUAGAUAUGCCUCCUUCGAAGAGGAGGAAAACGAACACCGCUACAGGCAUGGCUACAAGAGCUCGACGGAAGCCACUGAUUGUUGCGUUGAAGAAGAUUUACGUGACCUCAUCGCCUCACCGAAUUAUGAAUGAGUUGGAACUGCUGCACGAACUGCGAGAUUCGCCCUAUAUAUGUCCGUUGUUAACGGCUUUCCGACACCUCGACCAAGUGGUUGCCGUUUUGCCAUAUUUCAGGCACUUGGAUUUCCGACUCUACUAUCGAGAUUUUCUGGUCAAUGACAUGCGGCAUUACUUCAGAAGCCUUUUCAACGCUCUGUGGCAUGUUCACAAAGCCGGUAUUUUGCAUCGCGACAUCAAACCGACCAAUUUUCUCUACGAUCAUUCCAAGAGACAAGGGGUUUUGGUUGAUUUUGGCCUGGCUGAGCGACAAGGUACAGACUGGCAGCCUUGCCUUUGUACGGAAUCGAAAGAGAGACGAAAAGAGAAAUUCCUUAAUUCGUUUGCAGUGCAGGUGCUCCAGUCUCAAGCAGAUCUUAUAUCCACGGGCUAUCCGAAAAACGAUAGCCGGCCUUCACGCAGAGCAAACAGAGCAGGGACUCGUGGUUUCCGAGCGCCAGAAGUCCUAUUGAAAUGUACUUCUCAGACAACCAAAAUCGAUAUUUGGUCGGCCGGGGUCAUUCUUCUAACGCUUCUUGCACGACGUUUCCCCUUUUUUAACAGCGCCGACGAUGUUGAUGCCAUGAUUGAAAUGGCUUCAAUCUUUGGCAGGAAGAAGAUGCAGGCCGUCGCAGCGAUGCAUGGUCAAUUGUUUGAAACAAAUAUUGAGACCAUUGGGGAGCGGGGAUUUACACUCGAAAAAAUCGUCAUUUGGGCCAGCUGUCGGGAGAAAGAACACGAUUCACUCCGAGCUGGGGAGGCUCAAGCAGUUUCAUUUCUCCGGGGGCUCCUUGAACUUGAUGCUGGAAAACGGUGGAGUGCGAAGGAAGCGUUACAACAUGAAUUCUUCACGGCGCCUGUGGAAGACGAAGAAGAACGUGCCGAAAGGGAAGCCCAAGAAGCAUUUGAAGAAGUAGAAAGAAAACAAUGCUCCUGCUGA